AUGGAACAACAUAUAAAUACCAUCGGAGAAUGGUCAGAGAAGAUACAUAAUACUGCAACAAAAAUUUUACCCGAUAUCAAAAAUGAUAUAAAGGAAUACAAAACCAUUGCGGAUAGUGUAGUAAAAGGUGUACAAGCCCCUGAUGGCGCUACCUUAUUAUUAGUUUUGACAUUGAUAUUUACAAUUGCUUUAUUUCAGAAUCUUCGAAAAAUGGUUGGAAUAUUGAGAAACCAUUACUUAGGAAAUGUUUUGCUUGCGAGCAUUGGUUAUUCUUUAUUAUCUAUGAAAUGGUUUAAAUAA